CCGCCAGGGAGCCCCCUGCUCCGGCCAUGUGAAGGGAGCCGGCGCGGAGCCCCCGUCCGCCGCCCCGGCCAAGAUGCUGAGCCGGCUGGUGAGCGGCAGCAGCAGGAGCCUGGAGCGCGACUACAGCUGCACCGUCCGCCUCCUCGACGACAACGAGUACUCGUGCACCAUCCAGAGAGAUGCCAAAGGCCAGUUCCUGUUUGACCUGCUGUGCCAUCAUUUAAACCUCCUGGAGAAGGAUUACUUUGGGAUCCGCUUUGUCGACCCCGACAAGCAGCGGCACUGGCUGGAAUUCACGAAGUCUGUUGUGAAGCAAAUGCGAUCUCAGCCCCCGUUCACCAUGUGCUUCCGAGUGAAGUUCUACCCCACCGACCCAGCGGCUCUGAAAGAGGAGAUCACCAGGUAUCUCGUCUUCUUGCAGAUCAAACGAGAUCUGUACCACGGGCGUCUCCUCUGCAAGACCUCGGACGCUGCUCUGCUGGCCGCCUACAUCCUCCAAGCCGAAAUUGGUGACUACGAUCCUGGAAAACACCCAGAGGGAUACAGUUCCAAGUUCCAGUUUUUCCCCAAACACUCUGAGAAAUUGGAGAGGAAAAUUGCCGAGAUCCAUAAAAUUGAGCUCAGUGGGCAGACCCCCGCAACGGCCGAGCUGAACUUCCUCAGGAAAGCACAGACCCUGGAGACGUAUGGAGUGGACCCACAUCCCUGCAAGGACGUGUCCGGAAAUGCUGCUUUUCUGGCCUUCACCCCGUUUGGAUUUGUGGUCCUGCAGGGAAACAAGCGAGUUCACUUCAUCAAAUGGAACGAAGUGGCCAAGAUAAAAUUUGAAGGCAAGACGUUCUAUUUAUACGUAAGUCAGAAAGAGGAAAAGAAAAUUGUUCUGACCUAUUUUGCUCCAACUCCGGAAGCCUGCAAGCAUCUCUGGAAAUGCGGGAUUGAAAAUCAAGCCUUUUAUAAGUUGGAGAAGUCCAGUCAAGUUCGCACCGUUUCCAGCAGCAACUUAUUUUUCAAAGGGAGCCGGUUCCGAUACAGCGGCCGAGUUGCCAAAGAAGUGAUGGAGUCCAGUGCCAAAAUUAAGAGGGAGCCUCCGGAAAUACACAGGGCUGGACUGGUUCCCAGCCGCAGCUGCCCCUCCAUCCCGCACGGACCCCGGCUCAGCAGCGUUCCCAGGACCCGGAGGAGGGCUGUCCACAUCUCCAUCAUGGAAGGCCUCGAGUGUUUGCGGGACAGCGCUCACUCCACCCCGGUCAGGUCGACCUCCCACAGCGACGCCUUCUUGCUCCACUCGCGGAGCGGCAGAGCAGAGAGCAACGAGCGCGUGGCCAUCAUCUCAGACGAGGUCUACAGCCCGUCGGACAGCGUGCUGCCCACUCCGGUGGCCGAAGAGAGCCUGGAACUGAUGCUGCUGUCCCGGCCGGUUAACAGCACCCCUUGCAGCAUCGAGGAAGAGGAGUCGGAAGCCGGCGCUCCGGCCGGGGAGGCGCAGGAGCUGGGCAGGGACCUCUGGGCCCUGUGCAGCAGUGGAGGAGCCCAAGCAGAACAGGUGAAUAAGUUUGUUUUAAGUGUCCUCCGUCUGCUCCUUGUAACUGUCGGACUCCUCUUGGUUUUGCUCCUUCUCCUGAUCAUCCUGACGGAGUCUGACCUUGACGUUGCCUUUUUCCGUGAUAUUCGCCAGACCCCUGAGUUUGAACAAUUCCAUUAUCAAUACUUUUGUCCCCUCAGGCGAUGGUUUGCCUGCAAAAUCCGCUCCGUACUCAGCCUGCUCAAUGAUACCUGAAGGCAGUUGUCCUCCUGGUCACUAGCCGGGCGGACUGUGGAAGAUCCCUGCUGCCCAUUCCCAGAAAACGGGGCUCAUCGUGGCGCCAUCAGCACAUAAACUUAAGUCCUCCUCCUCCUCCUCCUCCUCCUCUCAUGUUUCAGCCCAGGAGGGCGUUUCCCCAGCUGAAGAUAAGGACAGGCUCACGCCAGAGCAAACCCACCAGGCAACCAAUUCUUUUGCAGGUCCACUUGGGGGAAGCUCCCUCAGAGUUCUUGCUUUCCGACAUUCAAAUUACUCUGCACUCUUCAAAUUUAGUUUUGCUUUCGUAGAGAUGUUAACUGCAGAAACUUCAAAUAGAAAGAGCUUAUUUUAUUAUUACUAGCGUUGGACUAAAUGCCAGCCUUCAGCCGGGACACCAGUUCAUGAAGACCACUUACUUUAUGCAGGAGCUUUUGUAAUGGUGCUACUGAGUUGUAAGUUUAAUAAUAUAGUAUUAUUUUAUUAAAACUGUCACUGUGCAUAGCACUACCACCUUGGACAUGGACAUGGAAACUAGGGCAGUUUUAUUUUCUUUCCAAUCGCCAGGCUUUCUGUGGGGGGGGGGGAUUGGACCAAUGCCAAUAUUGUGAGGUCACUUAGCAUUAUUAAUUCUUUUCAAGCAAUAGACGGUUACUAGAGGAAGUCAACAGGCAUAAAUUUAUUUCUUCCCUUAGCAGGGAGUGCAACGGCCAUCCAAUACCGGUCUUUGGUGAAUUUCGACCCUUGGCCUUUACAAUCCCAGGGAGACCUUUUCUUAGGAUAGUUGGGUGCCAAAGGAAGCGGGAGCUGGCGGACGCGGGAAGAGUCAAUUUGUGUACCUGAUGGUGGUUUUUGAAAUCUUGCUGUAGUGUAGUAAUCAUCAGGUCUGGCUUCUUUGAAUGAGAUUCUGCCACAGUAAAUGUUUUGUAUUAUGAAAGAACUUAUUUCAACCUAUAUUUUAAGAAAAAAAUAUAUUUUGUUAAUGAACCAAACCUUUUUUUACUUUAUAAAUUGGAUAAACGUAGUGUCAGGUACCAAGUGACGGAGAUACUCACAAGGUUACAAAUGUUUUAGAGCAAUGUGUUAACACUGCAUCAACCAUCCACCGUUUCUAAAAAAAAAAGUGGGCUAUUUUGUGUUGUUUCAAAUGAAAACGAGGAGAAAUGACACCCAUUGAGAAGAAAACAAUCAAACCAACGUUGUCUCCAAAGCAAGGGGAAUCCAGAUUUUUGUUGUAUCUUGUUUUGUGAUUCAGAGAACAUUCCCUAAAAGCAGCUCAUUUGUACAGGGAGCAAUAAAACUCGGGAAGAGAGCGAGCGCACGCGACCUGACGGGCAAGGGGUCUAUUUCAUCUCAGGGAGAGAUUUCAAGUCAUUCGAGGAUCGAAUCAGAGAUAUUCCAAGAGGCCGGUUUCAUGACCGGGACUCUGCCCGGGCAGCCAUAGGGACGCACACAGGAACCGAAGCACUGCCAGGACCGACAGGAAGGAGGCUGUGGAGGUGGGGCUUUGCGCAAUGUCCUUCCCUCCACAGCUGGUCAUUCGCCAUUCAAA